AUGAAGUUGACCCACGUUUUUGCCUUCAUCACCGCGAUACCUCUCGGUUUAGCGGCUGACAAGAGGGACAACAAGUAUUUCCAUGAGCCCGGUGGUGGCCAGCAUCUUGGCCAUUAUGACUCAAGAUAUUUCCGCGAACAAAUUGCCUACGAGGAGCACCGUCAUCUCCUCAGGCACCUCGUCCGCUCCUAUCUAGCCACACUCGACGAGAUAGGCGCCGAGACGUGGAUUGCCCACGGCACCCUCCUCGGAUGGUGGUGGAACGGCCAAAUUAUGCCUUGGGAUUACGAUCUGGAUGUUCAGAUGUCGACUGAUACUCUUCGCUUCCUCGGCUCCAAGUUCAACCGCACAGAGCACGUCUACAACUAUAUCGACGACAAGGGCGCUCCCCAAAAGAAGACUUACCUUCUCGACAUCAACCCCCACCACGUCGAUAUUGACCGUGGCGACGGACAGAAUAUUAUCGAUGCGCGCUGGAUCGAUAUGGAAAACGGCAUGUUCGUUGACAUUACAGGCCUGAUGGAGAGAGACCCGAACAACAAACCCGGUAUUUGGAGUUGCAAGAAUCACCACAAGUACAAGACUACCGAUCUAUUCCCCAUGCGAGUCACCGAGUUUGAGGGCGUCAAGGCCAUCGUCCCCUAUAACUUCGAGAAGAUUCUCAUCGACGAGUACGGCUCUAAAGCAAUGGCGUCGACCUCUUGGCUAGGACACGAAUGGAACCCCGAAAACAAGCAAUGGGCCAAGACCGAGGCUGAGAUCAAGAAGGAGCAGGAUGACGCCAAGAAGAAGAAAGAGGAGGAAGCAAAGAAGAAGGCCGACGAGGAAAAGAAGAAGGCUGAUGAGGCGAAGAAGAAGGCUGAUGAAGAAAAGGCCAAGAAGGCUGAGGAAGAGGAGAAGAAGAAGAAGGCCGAAGAGGCGAAGAAGAGCGAGGAAGAGGCGGCGAGGAGAGAGGCCGAGGAAGCAGAUGCGGAGAAGGAGCGAGCAAGCGAAAACGACCAAGCUUCCGAGCACGCCGAAGCCUAA